UCAGUCGCCUGCCUUUGCCCGAGCGGAGAGAAUCUCGAAACGCUCGAAUCGACCCGUCGAGGAUUUUGGCUUCAGCUUCUGGGUGCUGCUGGUGCUGAGCAGCCAAAAUCGCAGAGCGCAGAAAUCGAAUGGGAAUUGGCUGCCAUUGCGGGGGCACCGAGCACGAAGGAAUAUAAUAAAAUAUGGCCGAGGGCGAAAUGUGAAAAUGUGAAAAUGCCAGUCCAGGCAGUCCAGUGACCACGAAAAUUGCAGUUUCCCCCAAUUCGUAUUCAUACACACACACACAUUCUCAACAGUCAACGAAAAAAAUCGUAAAGAAAUUCACAAAAAAAAAAUCGAAGCACAAGCAAAACAAUUUCGGGGCGAAAAAGAAAAAUAUAUACAAAUAUACACAUUUCGAUUCCGAUUCUAGUGGCAAAAAUUCGUAUGUACUCGUCGCUGCUCCUCAAAAACAUACAUACAUACAAACGCGACCCCCUUUUCCCGCCCACCCAUUCGCCCAAAAAUCCUCAAAGAAAAUAUAAACGUGUGUGUGGUGUUUGAGUGAAAAUCUGAACGGAAGCGCUGGUUCAACAACAAGAAAAUAAAACAAAAUAUACAUAUAAUAUACAUAGAUAGCCAGGCUAAAGGCAAUGGUCAACAAAAGAACCCAAGCAGCUGAUUUGUGAUAAGUGCAACGACCAAAAAUCGCUGGCGUUUCGAGUUACAAACAAGUGCAAUUAGCUGCUGAUGCCUACAUGUUGCAGCUGUUGCAGCAACAUCAGCACAAGUGGAGAAAAUCACGCAUACGCCCCAUCCGCCCAACGGGCCAAACAAUGCGCUCCACUUAGCCAAGUUGCGUGUCAAUGUGGUGGUACUCCAGCCCACCCCCUCCUCACGCACACACGCACAGACGCACGCACACAACGGCGCCUACAUAUAUAUGUACAUAUACAAUGGCAGUGUAAUGACUAGCACAAGAAAUAAAUAAAGGCCAGAACAACAACUACGGUGGCAGCUCCAGCUGCUCAUAAAUUUCGUAACGCUUGUGAAAUGUGCCCCUUGGUGCACGGGGCCAUUGAAUCGCUAGAUUUUCGCCCGUAAAUCCGGAGCGGAAUAUGUAAAUGCCACCCGCGCACCGUCAACUCUCUAAAGAAACGCUAGACCCCCUAGAAAAAAAAACGGAAACCAAACCCACGCGAAGGUUUGAAGUCAGGAACCUACGAUAAGGAUAACUACUACUCGAAAAGGUUAUCGAAAAAAUCUUGAAGAAUUUCUGGAAUUUUUCGGCUUGUAAAAUCGCCCAAGGAAAAGCUAAGGAGAAGGAAAAAAAACAUAAAACAAAACGAAAACUAAAAUCAAGAGCAGCAGCUGUGGGCAGAGCGAGAAAGAGAGGACAGAGCGCCACAGGGAGAGAGAGAGAGAGAGAGAGAGUGUGUGGGAACUUUCGAUAAAAAAUUAUUAGCAAAAACAUAAAUACGUAACGGUCUCCCUGCAUACCCCACAUCCCCAAGGAAGCCGAGAAAGAGAAGCCGAAGCAAAGAAAAGAGCACCAAAGCGAGCGGGUGAGUGGGUAGGUCAGUGGCAGUGGGCGGUCCGCCAGCUGGGGCAGCACCACCUCACCACCCAACACCCAUCACCAUCUCCACCUCCACCAUCUCCGUCAGCUCCGCCAGCGUCAACCUCAACUUUCAAAGGGCAGGUAGCGGCAUGUCCUGCACCGUUUCCGAGCUGCCCAGUGGCUGUCGAUUGCGCGGCAUGACUGCAUCCUCACAGCAAAGUGCCGCCAACAAUAGUGGCAACAAUGGGAAUGGCAAUGGGAACGGUGGCGGCGGGGGCGUCGUCGGAGGUGGCGGCAGCCUGGGCGGAGUAUCGCCCACCGUGGGCGGCAGCGUGGGAAUCCUCGGCUCCACGUCCAACGUGCUGCAGGAGUCGAACGCGACCACGUUUCAGCGUCCGCAGUCGCAGAAGCCUUGCUGCUUCUGCUGGUGCUGCUGCUGCUCCUGCUCCUGUCUGGCCAUCAAGAAUGCCGAUGAAAAUGCCCCCACGAAGCGAGAUCUGGUAAAUGCCGAAUUCUUGGAUGGCGAGCAACCCACACUGGAGGAAAUCCGCAGCUGGGGCAAAAGCUUUGACAAGCUGAUGAAAAGUACAGCUGGUCGAAAGGUGUUCCAGAACUUCCUGCGCAGCGAAUUCAGUGAGGAGAACAUCCUAUUCUGGCUGGCCUGCGAGGAUCUCAAGAAGGAGAAUAGCCCAGAGUUGGUGGAGGAGAAGGCGCGCCUCAUCUACGAGGACUACAUCUCGAUCCUGUCGCCCAGGGAGGUGUCGCUGGACUCCAGGGUCCGCGAGAUUGUCAACCGGAACAUGAUCGAGCCCACGACGCACACCUUCGACGAAGCUCAAAUCCAGAUCUACACACUGAUGCACAGAGACUCAUAUCCGAGAUUCCUAAACUCUCAAAAGUUCAAGACACUAGCUCAACUGCAAGACAACUCGAAUGCCGGUUCCAAAGCGGAUAGUCCAACUUAGAGAGGAUGGCUUGAUGUCCCGGAUCGGAUUUGGAUUUGGAUUUGGAUCGAAUUCAGUUGCGCUGUGUUGACUUCCGCUGUUGCUCUCCACUGGUAUAUCUCUGAUUUUCCGCCCCAAUCGCUGCUGCAAUCGACUAAGCAAUAUGUAUCCAUUAGUAGAACCAUUUAACCAUUUUGCGAGCAGCCACGAAAUCAGGAUCCUGGUUGGGGCCGGUGAAUCAGACGUCGUGCGUUCAAUGUGAAUCGGAUUCCUUUCUCUUCCUACGUUCUAGUCGUUAGCUAACCAAAGAGUUAGGUAUUACAAAAUAUGUUUUCACUAAGAAGCAGGUUCGACCACAGAAAGCAUUUUCCAAAACAACCAAAAAAAAACAAAAAAACAGAAAGAAAAACAACAAGAAAAAAAUACCCAGAAAGCUAAUACGAAACGAGCGACACAAAUAGCAUCCAUUGUAAUACUAGUGAUCUAAGAGACGUAUUAAUCAAAUUGAAACCAAGAUUACGGAACCCGCUAACUGAUAAGUCAUACGAGUAAUGACAUCGAAGCAUUUUGUAAAUACAACAGCAGACGGCAACACUUUCUACUUUCUUAUGAAACCCCAUUGAGGAUCAAGUCCUUUCUUAAGCAAAUCUUACAAAGCCUCAUCUUGAGCUGUACUUUGAGCCAGACCACAACAGACCAUACACACCCCAUAGAGUCUUAUCCAAAUGCAAACCGGAACAAGCGCAUAACUAACGUGUACUAUAUUAUUUCGAUGUCGAGCUGAUUUCCAAGUCGAAAGAAGAACGUUUCGCAAUAUCACUGCCAACACAAAUAAGAAAAAAAGAAUCAGAACUUCGCAACAAAAUAUAUCCACUUACAAAUGUAUUAUGCAAUUGUUUUUCGUUAGAAAAGCGGAAGUUCCAAGAGUUUCCUUGCAUUGCUCCCUUUCUGCAUUCAAAAAAAAAAACAUAUAUUAAAAAACAGUAUUAUAAAUAACAAAAAAAAGGAAACACAAGAGUAUGGUUACAUUUAAAUUUUAGCAAACAAGUUGUCGAAUUGAAAACUAAAAACAAAUAUAAAAUAUGAAAAAAACCAACAAAUUUAUAAGGAAAAACACAGAACAAACAGGAGGACUUUCGGUUCGAGCCCUGGCAAAAAGUUAACAAUGUUAUUUCGAUCUUAAGUUGGUUUCCUUUGACCUUAGGUUGUUUGUGUUCGAGGCACAAUAUUUUAAAGUACAAUAUUAAUGUGUGUACCUUCGUUGCGGGGAGCAGGGAAUGUAUUUUCGUAGCUAGUUGGUGUGCCUAGUUUUAAUGCAUCUAUCGAUACAAAACCCCAUCCAUCACACUCUGACAUGAACAAGAACAGCAAACACAAGUAUAUUAACUUUACUAGCAAUUAAACAACAUCUAGUUUACUCAAAGCAUAUAUGAUUUCAAUAUUGUUUUCCACCAAUCGAGCCAACGUUACUUACUUUUCUUAUUCUCAAAUCUUAAGGUGCUCAGCAUAAGGACACCAAAUGAGUUUUUCUUUAAUAUAGAGAUAUUUUUGGAAUACCCCCGCAUAAGUUCCUAUAUUUUUAUAACAGCUUAGACACGAUCGAAGGUCCGAUUUCUGGAUUCAUAUGGUAAAUCACAUCUCCGCCUAGUCCUUUGAAACUUGACUUUCACGCGUCACUCAGGCUGCUACUUGGAAUUGAGAAUUCGACAAACGCCUUUGCAUUAUAGUGUUCGAUGAGAUCGGCAGAUCCGCGGAUCGGUGAGAAUCCGAGAACCAACAUCAACGUUUCCAUGGUUUGUUACAUUAAUUUUAGGCAAUCAGGUUAGACAAAAAUGUCCUGGACAAAGGGACGCGCGGAGGGAUGGAAUGUUUGUUUGUGAAUGCUUCUCUUCGGUUUCUUACUUUUGCAUAACGGACAGAUAUAAGACUUUUUGAAGAAAAAAACCAAAUAUAUAAGUACAUUUAAUGCGAUUGUUGUUUGUUUUUAGUUAUAUACACCGCCACACUCGCACACAAAACACACACACCGAUACAUGCAUACAUAUAUAUACUACUUAGCGGUAUAUGUACAAAAACGUAAUCAAGCAUUAGUGAAAUGUUUCGACCAGUUAAAAACCACAAAUUAAAUUUAUUACAUGAAAAUCAACUAAUGUGUAAACGCAAAAACGGCAAAAUCAAUAAAUAAAAAAUGGAUUAAACUAAGCCUAAAUUUAGUUUUAAACAUUUAAUAUAUUGCAACAAUAAACCGAAAUGAAAAUAAAACUCAAAUUCAAACUUG